UACGAGGUCGAUAAUGCGUAUGGAAUGCCGCCACUCGCAAAUAAAAAGGUACCCGGUUUGAUGAAGGACGAAAACAACGGCGCGAUAAUGACAGAGUUCGUCGGGCUUAGAGCGAAGAUGUACGCUGUGAGAGUGGUCGGUAGGAAAGACACCAAAAAAGCGAAAGGUGUCAAGAGUAAUGUCGUAUCGAAGACGAUAACAUUUGAAGACUACACGCGGUGUCUGAAAGAUCAUACGGAAGUGACGCGACGCCAAUCAUGCAUAAGAUCAAAAUUGCAUGAGGUGUACACUGUCUCAGAGCCGAAAAUCGCUCUAAGUCCGUACGACGAUAAGCGUUAUGGUAUAGCCGGUUCUAACGACACGUUACCAUGGGGACAUUAUCGGAUACCAUUGUAAAUAGUGUGUACUUAGCGCAGAUAGGAAAUGCAGGUUUUGUAAUGUUCAUGUAAUAUUGUAUAUAUUUUUUGUCGUAGAUAUUCCACUACAAUACGAAAUAUAUUUCUAAACUACA